CUCCUGUUUUCCACAUUACAGCGUAGAUCGGCGAUUGGUUUUUGCUCUUUCCUCACAAGUGAGAAAAGGCAAGCAAUUUUCUAUCUCUGAAAGACCGUCAGGCAUGGCGAAAGGUGGUUGCGGCUGUUGCAGCUGCCUCUGUGGGUGCCUCUUCAGUUGCAUUCUAAGCCUAAUCUUCCAAAUCCUCUUCACGCUGCUCGUCAUCGUGGCCUUGGUGGGCUUCGUCUUCUGGCUCAUCUUCCGCCCCAACGAGGUCAAGUUCCACGUCACCGACGCCUCGCUCACCCAGUUCAACUUCUCCACCAGCGACAACACGCUCCACUACAACCUUGCCCUCAACAUCUCCGUCAGGAACCCCAACAGGCGCAUCGGCAUCUACUACGACAGCAUCGAGGCCAACGCUUACUACCAGGGCCAGCGGUUCGACACCGAGACUCCGGCACCGUUUUUCCAGGGGCACAAGAACACGUCUGUUCUCAGCCCCGUCUUCAAAGGGCAGCAAUUGGUCCCGCUGGGCACCAGCGAGGUCUCCAACUUCGAUUCGGAUAAGGCCGACGGGAUUUUUGCUAUUACUCUCAGGCUAAAUCUUCGCAUCAGGUUCAAGGUCGGUUGGUUCAAGGUCGGCCACUUCAAGCCCAAGAUCAAGUGCGACUUAAACGUUCCUCUCAAGUCUAAUGGCACAUCAUCACCUGCAACGUUUCAGUCUACCAAGUGCAGCUUCGAUUUCUGAUCAAUCUUCCGGCGGAUCUUCUUUCUUUUUGAUCGAGCCUUUGAUUUUCCUUUUCCCUGUUAUUGUUAUUCUUUCAUUUUUUUUUCUUAACAUUAUUAUUGUUAAUUUUUUAAUCAUAUUGAGUUUCCGUACAUAUAAAAAGUUAGUGGUGGUUGCACUUUUUUUCC